AAGAGCAUUAUUCUUCGUUGCAUAGUUCACAUAUUUUGUCCGAAUUGUUCGCUGUAGUUACGUACGCUUCGAACGAAAACUUAAAAAUAGUCUUAAUAAUUUGUUGUUCAACAUAAUAUCUAGUUUUUUAAAACAUCUCAAUUUCUAGCAAAUAAUGAUAAGAAACUUAACAAGAUUGAAAUUACUUCUAAUAUUUUUAACUUGGAAGUAAUUGAUUAAUAAUCAACGAAACAGUCCUUUUAUUGUAUUUUUACAUGUUAUGUUGGCACUUUAAUAUUUACGAUUAACGUCAUGUUUAUUUCGCAUUGUGCUACGUAUUAAGGUUAUAAAGACAACUUGAUGAAAACAAUCUAAUUAAAAAUUCAAUUUAUUCUUUAAUUAAUAUUAUAGUAUAAUAAAUAUUGUGUAUUUUAUUAAUAAUUGACCGCGAUUAAUUUUAUAGUUUGACAAUUCUUUGUUAUUAUAAAAUAUGAUUAAUAAUUUUCAACCAGAAUUCUCAUUCUGCUCCUGGUAUAAGCAAUUUAAAAAUUGCUCAUUAGUAGCUACUGUUAUACCAAUUCCUGAUGAUGUUUUGAAAUACUUACAGUACGACAUAUUUUUAUUACCUUUGGAAGCUAUAAAACAUAGCUCGUCCGAUAAUGAAUGGAAUGAUUCUUCUUUACAAAAUGAUAAGGAUUCGGAGUAUCAGCCAUCCUUUCCAAAAUUUAGCAAAAGCAUACAAGAUGUAAUUAAUGAAUAUGGGUCUAUAUUUAUUAAAAGUAACUGGAGCUCACCUUUAGAUGCAACAUGGGUAGCACCAACAAAGAGUCUACAGUGUAGGACUUUAGAAGAAGUAUAUUUACUACUGAAGAGUUCAGACAGAAUAGCAAAUGAUUUAAGCGUUCUUAAACGUUGGUCAGAUAGAGAAGAUUAUCCUAGACCAUGCUUGGUAUUGAAACAAUGGCGGGAUAUAAAUCCUUGCGCAGAAUAUCGAUGUUUCGUCAUAGAUGAUGAACUUGUUGUUUUAAUACUCACAGGAAUUAGCCAGAGAGAUAUGUCGCAAUAUUAUACCUAUAAUGAGUCAGAAAAGUACAAUAUAAAAGCUGAUAUUGAAAAGUUAUUCACAGAAAAGAUUAAAGGAAAUUUUUCAUUGAUUAGCUAUUCAUUUGAUGUCAUACGCAGUGAGAAUAAGAAUAUAAGAAUAGUAGAUUUUGGUCCUGUUAAUGAAUUUACUACAAAAGGAACUCUUUUCACUUAUGAAGAAUUAGAAAAUUGUAUUAGCGAUAAACCUGAAUUUAGAUUCAUUGCUCAAGACAUUGGUAUUCAACCGACACACACGAAACAUUUUUGCGCUCCGCAAGAAAUCAAUGAAUAUUUCCAAACAUUUAAUAAUGAGUUUAAUUUAACAAGUGCUAUUCAAAAGGAAAUAGAAAAACAAAAUCAAGAUCAAGAUGAAAUGAUAGAUGGUGAAAAAAGUACUUAAAUGUAUAUACAAUACAAUUGCACUAAAAUAACUAUUUAUCUUGUUUGUAAAAUAUAAUAUGCUUUUGUAUUACUAAUAACUUUAUGAUCAUUCACCUGUUGAAACUCAUUAAAAAAGCUUCCUUUCUUUCUUAUGUGAGACAAAUUUUUAUAAAUAACAAUCGAUAGUUUAAGAUCCAAAAGAUAAUUUACUUCUUAAGGAUAAUAAUACAUAUAGGUGCCUAUAUUAAUUAGAUAAAUUUGUUACUAGGGCUCCAUACAACCUUGUCAACGUUGAUUUGUUUAAAACUCCACACAGUUGUUGAAAUCCAUUAGGAUGCACUGUGGAUUAUGCAAUGUGCAAGUAGUAAGACCCAAUACUCAAUCGUUUUCAAGAAAACGAAAAAUUUGAAGCAUAAUACACGCCGAUGGGUUGAACAAUUUUGAACGUAAUACAGUGAGUGGAAAACCAUUAAGUUCAAAACUUUUCAACUCACCGGCGCGUAUUAGGCACACAACAGAAAUUUGUUUUAUUGGAAACGAAUUGGAAACGGUUGAGUAUUGGGUCUUAUUACUCGUAUAGUGUAUAAUUCUAACAGAUCCCUACAACUGUGUAGAGUUUUAAAAAAACGGUUUUUCGAAGGUUUGAUGGAGCCCUUGUUAGACGAUUUAUUUUUUAUCGAUAGAAUUUUAGUCGACCGUACAAACUUAGCUGUUGCAUUUAUAUAUCCUUGGUUUAUAAAAAACAAUUCGUCAAUUUGUUUUUCUACGAAGGAGACAACGUCAUGAACAUAUAAAUGAACAAACACAGAAAAGGAUGUUUUUUAAAUACAGAACUUCCAUUUUUAUUCUGUCAGACCCUCUUCUAUCAUUACAUUACAUAAAACGAU